AUGCCAUGGUUGAUGCAUUUCAGCCUAGCAUUGACUGGAUUAUCGCUGUCAACAAGUCGUCCAUCGCUAUCUCGAGUUGCGACGAGGGAGGAAUUGGUUUGGGCGUAUGCAUCUGUUUAUGAAGUCACGGAUGUCCCAAGUGAUAUUGUGGUGUCCCACGUUCAUGCUCAAAAAGACGAAAGUUACAGUUCAACUGGAGGUGGAGCAGUCAGGCGCAGAAAGAAGACGGUCUCCAUCGACAUGAAUGUCAUGGUGGAUGGCUGUAUGACGAAUAGUGGGACCAUAGGCAAAGACCCAUCCCGAGAGAAGAAUAAGAGGGCCACCAAGAAGAGUACUCCGUCAAGUAUUUUGCGUACCCCUGAUCAAGGUAGAAGUUUUAUCAAUGAUGAAAGUGAUCAAGAACAAGACAUUUCAAGCGAGUUUGUAAAUGUUGUGGCCUACAACGAAGAAAGUGACGUAGACGUUAUCCGUCUACGUCACUUUCUUGACGUGGUCACGUGA